AUGGCAGAAGCUACCAGCCUUAGUAGAACAACUAGUUUCAAUGGCACCAAUGUAGAUACUUUCUUCAAAAACCUUGACAGUGUACAGAAGCGCUAUAAGUUUUCUGCUGAUUGCAUUUACAAUAUUGAUGAAACAGCUCUUACAACUGUUCAUAAGCCAGUGAAGGUGGUUGCGGGUAAAGGAGUAAAGCAAGUAGGACAGGUAACUUCUGCUGAAAGGGAAACCCUAGUUACAAUGAUAGUUUGUAUAAAUGCUCUUGGAAAUUCUAUUCCACCGUUUUUGAUUAUUCCCCGUGUCCACUUUCGUAGCCACAUCAUUAAAGGUGCACCAACAGGUACCAAAGGUGAUGCUAAUCCUAGUGGAUGGAUAAAUACAGAAAUAUUUUUGAAAUGGUUUGAUCAUUUUGUGCAAUAUGGACAUCCUAGCCAGUAUCAUUCAUUACUUUUAAUAAUAGACAACCACAAAAGUCAUAUAUCAAUUGAAUUGAUGGAUAAAGCUAAGGAAAGUAAUGUUGUGCUCUUGACAUUGUCACCCCAUUGCAGCAACAAACUCCAACCACUUGACAGAUCAGUAUUUGGACCAUUAAAAAAAUUUUAA